UCGUCAUGAUAUAGUCUGUGUUAAUCGAAGUUGUCUUGUUUCGGUGUAGCAAUUACUAAGCAUAUUCUAUUUGUUAACAUUUUCACAAGAAUAUUUAACAAUGUCUGCUAGAUACGAUAGAGCUAUUACAGUUUUUUCACCGGAUGGUCAUUUACUACAAGUAGAAUACGCACAAGAAGCUGUCCGAAAGGGAUCAACUGCGGUUGGUGUUAGAGGAAAGGAUGUCGUUGUGCUAGGUGUUGAAAAAAAAUCUGUUGCUAAACUUCAAGAAGAACGAACUGUACGAAAGAUAUGUCUACUCGACGAUCAUGUUGUUAUGGCAUUUGCCGGCUUAACUGCAGACGCACGUAUUCUUAUUAAUCGCGCACAAAUUGAGUGUCAGUCUCAUAAACUAACAGUAGAAGAUCCUGUUACACUUGAAUACAUAACAAGGUAUAUUGCUGGACUCAAGCAAAAGUACACUCAAAGUAAUGGACGUAGACCAUUUGGUAUAUCAUGUCUGAUUGGAGGAUUUGACUAUGAUGGUUUUCCACAUCUCUUUCAAACUGAACCAUCUGGGAUAUACUAUGAAUGGAAAGCAAAUGCUACUGGUAGAUCUGCCAAAACUGUCCGUGAAUUUUUAGAAAAAAACUAUACUGCUGAUGAGGUAGCCACUGAAAAUGGUGCAGUAAAGCUCGCUAUUCGUGCCCUCCUUGAAGUAGUUCAAUCUGGGCAGAAAAACUUAGAAAUUGCAGUAAUGAGAAGAAAUCAACCAAUGCAAAUGCUAGAUAUGGAUACUAUAAAUUCAUAUGUCUCUGUUAUUGAAAAGGAAAAAGAAGAAGAAGCUGAAAAGAAGAAACAGAAGAAAUAAUUUUUUUUAAAUAACUACUUUAAUACAUUGCAAAAAUUUUA